AUGGAGUGCAUACUGGAGGCCCACCCGGUGCCGGACAUCACUUGGUACCAGGGUAGCAAGCCGAUAAACGGGAGCUCGCGGAUAAAAAUGUCGCGCAAGUCGACCGGCAAAGACACGUAUCUGUUGACGCUCGAGAUAUCGAAUCCGACCAAGUCGGACGGCGGCCAGUACCGCUGCAACGCCUUUAACAACUUUGGCGAGAGCAACGCCAACAUAUCCUUGAACUUUCAAGAGGACCCGGCGGGCUUCGCGCCCUCGUUCGUCGAGAAGCCGCGGAUCAUACCCAACGAGACCGGCACCCUCAUCACCAUGAACUGCAAGUGCCGCGCCAAGCCCAAGCCGGACGUCACGUGGUUCCGGGCCAACAACCCCGUCAAGGAGUCGUCCAAGAUCAGCCUCAAGUGCAACACCGUGCAGGAAGACGUGUACGAGCUGACGCUCGAGCUCAAGGAUCCGACGGGUCCGGACGGCGGGGCGUACCGGUGCCACGUGAGGAACGAGUUCGGGGAGAGCAACGCGAACCUCAACCUGAACAUCGAGGCCGAGCCGGAGCAGGAGGGCGACGGACCGACCUUCGUGGAGAAGCCGCGCAUCCAGUCCACGGACAAAGGCAAGGUGGUGAUAAUGGAUUGCAAGGUCAAGGCCAAACCGAAACCCACCAUCGUGUGGACCAAUGCGGGACGGGUCGUCCAGGAGUCGGCCAAGAUAUCGAUGAGCGUGGUGGAGGAAGGGUCCGACGUCUACUACGUCAAACUCGUGCUCAACGACCCCGGCGCCGACGACUCCGGGCUCUACAAGUGCAACAUCAAGAACAACCUGGGCGAGCUCAAUGCCAACCUCACGCUCAACGUUGAAAUUAUUCCCGUGAUCAAGGAGAAGCCAAAGGUGAUUAAGAUCGUGAAGAAGAAGACGGUGAUCGUUGAGUGCACGGUGUUGUCCAAGUUCGCGCCGGACUGCACGUGGUUCAAGGAGACGAGGGCGGUGGCGGUGGACGACAGGCACAAACUCCACGUGGAGAAGGUCAAGGAGGGCGAGUUCGCCGUCAAGUUGGAGAUUGAGCAAGUGUCCCAGGCCGACAGGGGCAAGUACAAGCUCGUGGCCAGGAACGAGAAGGGCGAGGCCACGUCUCAAGUCGUCGAGGUCCAGGAGAUACCUGAGGAGCCCGAUCCGCCCAGACUCGCUUCGGGACUCAAGUCCAUCACCGUGGAAGAAGGCAAAUCAGCCGAGUUCUAUGCCGUGCUGCUCAAGGAAGACAAGAGCGUCCAGGUCACGUGGUACAAGGAUACCACGGUUAUUAAAUCCUCUGAGACGUACAGCACAAGUUUCGACGGUAAGGAGGUCAGACUGCUGAUUAGUUCAACCACGCAGGAGUCGUCUGGACGGUACAAGGUCGUCGUUAGCACGGAAGCCGGAAAAGACGAGUCCUCGGCAGAACUCGUGGUUGAGGUAACGAUUAUACAUAUCAAGCUUUGCCUCGUGUCUUGCUGCUAA